AUGGCAACAAUUCAAAUAUCAUAUGGCGCUCCUAAUAGAGUUAUGAUGAGAUUUGGAAAAAGAUUUGCACCAUAUGUAGUUGGUCACCCAUUCUAUCAAAAUUCUAUUUAUCAACAUGAUGAUGCUCCUGAUAAUGCUUAUAAAAUCAAUUCUUACCUAAACAAAAAUCAACCGUUUCCUGUUGUUAUAGAAAACAAUUAA